GUACGAGAUGUUGGUUCGUAGAUAAGCGGCAGGCACAAAGGCGGGACCGUAGCCAAGCCCUGAUUUCUAGUGCUUUAGGGCAUUUUUGUCUGGUUCAUCUUCUUCGUUAAUUUUGUGUUAAUCGGGUUGCUCAGUUUGAAUCUACGAUUGCAAUCCAGUUUUUGGAUUUCUGCAUCGUAGAGACUCACAAUGUCUCGAAGAAACCGUGGACCGCCUCUUCCGAUGAAAGGUGGCCGUCACACUGGUUUACCUGCCGUGGAUGAAAUUCCUUAUGACAGAAUUCCGCCUCAUCCUGCACUUCUUGAGGAACUGCGUGAAACCCAGUUCGGAAUGGGCGGCAAUAGGGUGUUUCCGCCUCACUCUGCGAUGAUUGAGGAGCACCUCGCAUUGCAAAAUCAAGAUAUUCACAAUUUGUUGGAAGAUAAUCAGCGUCUGGCCACAACCCAUGUAGCACUGAAGCAGGAAUUGGAGAUCACCCAUCACACGUUGCAGCAGAUGUCACACUUUGCUGACUCUUUGCGGGCGGAAACGGAUGCCCAGAUGAGGGAGUUGUAUGAUAAAUCUGUUCGGUUGGAGAUGGAUGUUGGAGGGGUCGAGUCUAUGCGAAGUGAGCUUUCUCACGUUAAUGCUGAUAUUAAGGAACUUACUGAAGGAAGGCAGGAACUCACUGGUAGGGUGCAAAUGAUGACCCAAGACUUGACCAGAAUUACAGCAGAUUUGCAGCAGGUGCCAGCUUUGAAGUCGGAGAUUGAGAAUAUGAAACUGGAACUGCAGCGUGCAAGAGCUGCUAUUGAGUACGAGAAGAAAGGAUAUGCGGAGAAUUAUCAACAUGGUCAGGUAAUGGAGAAGAAACUGUUAUCAAUGGCUCGGGAAUUAGAGAAGCUUCAGGCUGAGAUUUCAAAUUCUGGGAAGAGAGCGCCAGCUGCUGCGGCUGUUGUUCGUCCUGAUGCAGGAUAUGGUGCAGAUUAUGGCAAUCAUGAAGUUUCGUAUGCCCGAAAUCCUUAUCCUGCUGGUUAUGGAUUGAACUCUGUACAAAAUAAUGCACAAAGUUUCCCACGGUAUGGAGCUGGUCCUGGCCCCUGGGGAGCGUAUGAUAUGCAGCGUCCUCGAGGAAAUAGAUAGAUUUUUCUCCAACUAAAUGCAUGAUAAUUCUGGAACGCCUUUGGCUGCGACUUGUUUGGGUAUCCUAAAUGUUAUAAAACAUCAUAGACAUUUUCGGAGAAUUCCUUAACUAUUUGGUUCUUCACAUUGUACUGAAAAGUGUUGAACAAUUAAUAUUAGCUUGAGGUGCAAUUUUUUUAA